AUGAGCAAUUCAUUAAACCAAAGACUUCAAGAAACUUUAGAAAACCGAAUCAAAAGUUCAUCAUUAAGAACACUAGACACUUCAUCAUCAUCAUCAUCAAGUUCGAUCAUUGACUUUUCUUCAAAUGAUUACUUAUCAUUUUCUAAAUCAAACCAUUUAAAUCAAAGAUUUCAAUCUAAUCUAAAAGAUUCUAAACUUUCAUCUUUCGGUCCAAGUUCUUCUAGAUUAUUAGAUGGAAACACUUCAUUACAUUUAAAUUUAGAAUCAACCUUGUCUUCAUUCUUUAAAGGUUCAUCAGCUUUAUUAUACAAUUCAGGUUAUGAUGCAAACUUGAGUAUUUGGAGUACGAUUGGAAGUUUAAAUGAUUAUAUUUUAUUUGAUGAAUUCUUACAUGCUUCGUUUCAUGAUGGAAUGAGAUUUUCAAGAACCAAGCCCAAGAAUCGAAUCAAAUUCAAACAUAAUGAUUUAUCUGAUUUCAAAUCUAAACUUGCUAAAUCUUUUAAUGAAGACCAAGAUUUAAGAAUCGGGAAAUCAAAUCUGUUUAUCGGAAUCGAAUCACUUUAUUCGAUGAAUGGUGACUUAUGUCCGAUCCAAGAACUUGUUCAAAUCAUUCAACCAUUCAAUCAAAAUGAUAACAUUCAUUUAAUCAUAGACGAAGCUCAUUCAACAGGUUUAUAUGAUCAAUCAGGUCAAGGUUUAGUUUUAUCUUUAAACCUACAAGAUCAUUGUUUGAUUAGAUUAUAUACCUUUGGUAAAUCAGCCGCUUGUUCUGGUGCAGUGGUCAUCACCAGUUCAUUGAUUCGAAACUAUUUAAUAAAUUAUUCUAGACCAUUGAUUUAUUCUAGUACGUUACCUCAUAUGAACAUUAUUGCUAUUCAAACUGUCAUUGAUCAUUUUCAAUCUGAUCAUCAUACUAAAGCUGUUCUUCAACUACAAACCUUGUCAUCUUAUUUAAAAACUAAACUAGAGAAUCUAACAAGCACAAACCGAUCCUUAUCCAACAAAAUUUCAAUCCAUCCACCUACCAAAACCAACCCAACCAAUUCCCAAACUCAAACCCAAUUCUUUUCACCUAUUUUUCCUAUUUAUACUAACCAACCUAUUCAACUUUCAAAGUUUUUAUUAUUAAAUCAUCAGAUUAGAGUGAGACCUAUUAGGUUUCCUACUGUACCCAUCGGUCAUGAACUGGUUAGGAUUUGUUUGAAUUCUGAUUUGAGUUUGAAUCAAAUCGAUUCCUUGAUCUUGGCUUUACAAUCUUGGUUAAUUCACACAAAUCAAAAUCAAAAUCAAAAUCAAAGUCAAAAUCAAAAUCAACUCGAACUUCAAUUCAAACUUAAACUUUAGAUCUCAAUUAGAAAAAUAAGACUUGUUUUAUACAUUUCAAAAGGAUUUGUUUUUCUUGUAAUAACUUUUUCUUUUUUUGAGAUUUGUUUUUAAAUUUAAACUUUUUGUAUCUCUAUCAUAUUUGUAUACAACCUUCAAAAAAUUGGAAUUCUUGAUUAUGUUUAGAUUUUGGUAUUUUCUAGUCUGUGGAAAACUAAUUCAGUUGCUCAGAUUGUAGUCCUUGAACAUGCCCAAAUAGAUAUGCAACAGUUGGAAAUUAAGAAAGGUGU